AUGACGGCCUCAGCAGACGCAGCUCGCCGCCCGGUCAUCGGCACGCACAGCGGCAAGUUCCACUUGGACGAGGUGUUUGCGACCACGAUGCUUCUCAGUUUGCCCGAGUACCAGAACGCCCGCGUGGUGCGAUCUAGAGAGCCGGCAGUGCUCGCCACCUGCGAUAUCCUCGUGGACGUCGGCGCGGAAUACGAUCCCGAGAAGCGCCGAUUCGAUCACCACCAGAAGAGCUUCACCGCAACUUUCUACGACGAGGGUCCAAAGUCUCAGCCAGAAGCCGCUGAAGGGGCUGGCUGCGACGGCAACGCAGAAGGCGCUGGAAAGGACGAGGCUGCUUCAGGAGACGUAGCCGCGACGAACGGGCACAAGGAGCCGGCAAAGAAAGCCGUGACCAAACUCAGCAGCGCCGGCCUCAUCUACAAACACUUUGGAAAAGAAGUGCUGCGCCACCGAUUUGGGGUGACAUGCCCAACUUUGCUCGAGUGCGUGUACCAGCGUCUUUACACGUCGUUCGUCGAGGCCGUGGACGCCAACGACAACGGCGUGUCCAUUGUGGCGGAUGGGAGCCCGCUGCUUUAUAAAGACAGCACCAAUCUCAGCAGUCGCGUGUCGCGCUGCUACCCGCCUUGGAACUUGGAGGAUCUGCAGGCGAAGCCGAAUCUGAAACGCCUUCGCACGGAAGAGGCAGCUCUCUACCCCGCCGACGUCGAAGGCGGGUCGCCUGAAGAGGUCGCCGGCUUCAAGAAGGCCAUGCAAAUCGUCGAUUCGGAGUUUGAAGACGCCGUCAGUUCCAUCGUCGACGUGUGGCUCCCCGCCAGGCAGGUCGUCGAGGACGCCAUUCAGGAGCGAGCCGCUAUCCACCCCUCGGGCCAAAUCAUCCAGCUGAAAAAGUGGUGCCCGUUCCAGGAGCACCUUCAUGAGAUUGAAGACGAGCUCCAUCUGACUUCCCCCAUUCUGUACUGCCUCUACCCUGACAUCAAGGACGGGGUUACGCAAGGAUGGCGAGUGUAUGCAGUGAAUGAGAAGGAUCAAUUGUUCAAGUCGCGUUUGCCUCUGUCAAAGAAACUUCGAGGUCUGCGCGACAGCGAACUGGGCAAUGCCGUUCUCGCCAACGCACACACCACAGACGCGGAGAAUAUGAAGUCCUCCGACUUCAUUCACUGCCACGCCACUGGAUUCAUAGGGGGCGCCAAGACAUUCCCUGCAGCUAUGGCAAUGGCGACGCUGACAAUGAAGGAGGCUGACAACUGA